AUGGCGGCGACAGAGCAGGAGUUCCCAGAAGAGCCCGUGCCGCUCAUCACGUUCGACGACGGCACGAAGCAGCUCAAGGUGAACGACGCGGCCGUGGAGAUGCUACGCCGUAUCGAAGGCCACGUUGCGGUCGUGGCCAUGGCCGGACUCUAUCGCACGGGCAAGAGCUCGAUGCUCAAUUGGCUGCUGGACAGACAGAACGGGUUUCGUGUGGGCCCUACUGUCGAGCGCUGUACCCGCGGCAUAUGGAUCUGGGGACAGCCGCAGCGGCACCGAAUGGCCAAUGGAAAGGAUGUGUGGGUGCUCGUGCUCGAUACGGAGGGCAUGGGUGGCCUCGAGGCCUCGCAGCAGUACGACGCGCGCAUCUUCUCGCUGGCCACGCUCUUGUGCUCGAAGCUCAUUUACAACAGUCAAGGGAGUGUCGAUGAGAAGGCCAUUGGUGGAUUGAGCUUCAUUGCCAAUUUGGCGAAACACAUUCGAGUCAGUGCCGCGUCGACAGGCGAGAGCGACGAUGACGCCGACGUGCGGCAACUGCACAGCUUCUUUCCGUCUUUUCUGUGGGUCGUGAGAGACUUUACGCUCGAGCUCGUGGACGAAGAUGGUGACCCCAUCUCGAGCAGUGACUACCUGGAGCGAGCACUGGCGGACCAGCCACGCACGCCGGCCAACAUUGAGCGCAAUCGGACCCGUACUAUGAUGAAGGACUUUUUUCGCGAACGCGACUGCAUCACGCUAGUGCGUCCUGUGCACGACGAGUCCAAGCUGCAGCAGGUGGACGAGCUGCCAAUCAAAGAUCUACGACCAGAAUUCCAGCAGCAACUUCGCGCUGUCAAGCAAAUCGUUUACGGCGAUAGCCUACAGCCCAAGAAGCUGCACGGCAAACCUCUGACAGGCAGCAUGUUUGCUGGCUUGCUGCAAGCCUACGUGGCUGCGAUGAACAGUGGCGGCGUCCCGGUCAUCACGUCUGCUUGGGAGGGCGUGACUGCAAGCGAAAGCCGGAAAGCGAUGACAAGCGCCGCUGAAGCAUUCAAGAAUAGUCUGCGUGCUCUGGAUCUGCCUCUUGAUGUCGACGACCUCACUGAGAAGAUCAAGACUGCCGAGGGGCAAGCUGUGGCGCAUUAUCGUGCUGCUGCCAUCGGCGACAGUGCCGCGAAGCUGGAGGCCGACCUGCGCAAGCGCAUGGAAGUCGACAAGGCUGCAUGUGCUCGGGACAACUUGGCUCAGAGCAAAGAAAUGUGUGAACGCUUGCUCCAGGUGCUUUACGCUGAACAAAUCCAGCCCAAGCUGGCCUCUUCAAGUGGUGACGACCGAGGCGGCUUUGCGGACAUGCAGCAGUUCUCGCGCGUAUGGCAGGUAUUUCGCGACGCUUACCUUCACAAAGCUCGUGGUGGUGCUAAACUCGAGUGCCUCUUGACUUUCUCGGAGGCCAAGUACGCUGAGGCGAUGCGAAUUCUGUUGAGCCGACAGGAAGAAGGCUAUGAAAGCAAAGUCAGGAUGCUGCAGGGCGAUGUGUCAAAGGUGAAAGAGGAACUUGGCAGCGUCGGCGGUCGAGAGCAGAUUUACAAGGAGCAGAUCGAGCAGAUGCAGGUGCAGUCGUCACAAAUCAUGUCGGAGAAGGCGCGUUUCGAAGCGGAGUCCCAGGCUCAGCGGGAACGCAUUGCCGAUCUGGAGAGCAUGCUGCAAGACGGAGCUGCCACGAAGCAGAUGGAGUCCAAGUAUGAAUCCGCUGGUCCAAAGCGCACAAGUGGGACGCAGAAGCGUGAGGGCUUCGACAACGAGCUGGAGCGCAUAAAGUCCGACUACGAACGUGUGGUGCAGGAGAAGGAGCGUCAGGAAAUGGAGCUCAAUCUGCUGAGCGAGGAGUGUCAACAGCUGCGACAAGGCCAGACUUGCGGCUGCACAAUUUCCUGA